AUGGUAAAUGCACAAGAAUAUGUUGAAAAGAAUUUUGAUAAAAAUGCUAGCCAAAUUAUUGCUAUUGACAAGAACCUGGAAGGUGACUUAGACUUGUCAAAAUAUCCCAAUCUAACUCUUGUAGAUAUUGGACAUAAUCCCUUAUUGCAAAGUUUAAAAUUAGCACCCUUAACUAAAAUUUCGGAUAUGAGUACUUAUGGAACUGGGAUUACUAAUUUUUCUUUUUAUGGCAGCACUCCUGACAUACAUCGUUGUUGCUUAAAUUCUAUUGGGAAAACUGAUAAAAACAAUCCAUUAUUUGCCCAAGUAAUUCGAGAUACUUGUCGGGCUGGAUUAAAAGAAAAUUCCGAACUUCAAGAACUUGCACAACUAAUUCUUUCUAACCAACCUUACGACUUUUUCAAACUCAAACAAGAAAUCAUCAAACUCAAACCACAAGAACUCCCUAACAUGAGCAAAAAGUUAUCAGAACAGAAGAAAGAAGAAAUUGCUGAACAUUUCAUUCAGGAAAUAACUUACACAUUUGGAACAACAAGAAAUGACCAAGUAAAAGAAGCUGCAAAAGCAUACAUUAAUAAACUUGACAAUUUUGAAGGAAUUGAAACCCAAUCCGCAAAUCUCUUUGAUGACACGAUAAAAAAUGCAUUUCAAACAGUCACAACAAAUGUUUAUAGUAAGGGACAGGAAUACUGGGUUGAAUUCUGGGGACAUUACCUUUGCAGAAGAGUAUAUCAGGAAAAGCUUGCUCUGAAAAAGGAAAAUCAAGAUAAAAUUACUCAACUCCAAACACAAAUUCAACAACUCCAACAACAAAUUCAACAACUUCAAAUGUAA